AUGGAGGGAUCCGUUUCCGGUCGAAUUAAUUUCACCGCACGUCGGCUGGCGGUGGUCGCGGUAGUGCUGCUGGGUAUUGGUGGGGCCACCGCGAAAGUACAGGCUCACGGCAAGUACGAGAUGCUAGCGACGCCCAAUAAAAACACCGACGAACGGAGCAUCGUCGACAACAUGAAAAUGCUGUUCGGUACGGGAAGCAAUAGAGCACCGGCUCACGAUACGCCUGCCAGUGCCUGCAGCUGCCGAUGCGGCGAGCGGAACGACGCGUCCCGGAUCGUCGGCGGGCAGGUGACGGGCGUGAACGAGUUCCCGUGGAUGGCCCGGCUCAGCUACUUCAAUCGGUUCUACUGCGGCGGCAUGCUGAUCAACGACCGCUACGUUCUGACGGCGGCCCACUGCGUUAAGGGCUUCAUGUGGUUCAUGAUCAAGGUAACGUUCGGCGAGCACAACCGGUGCGACGAGUCGAUGCGGCCGGAAACGCGCUUCGUGCUGCGGGCGAUCGCGCAAAAGUUCAGCUUCCUCAACUUCGACAACGACAUCGCGCUCCUGCGGCUGAACGAUCGCGUGCCGAUAACGGACUUCAUUCGCCCGAUCUGCCUCCCAUCGGACCCAGAAAACGCGUACGUCGGCACCAACGGCACGGCGACCGGCUGGGGCACGCUGAAGGAGGACGGCAAGCCGUCGUGCGUCCUGCAGGAGGUCGAAGUACCGGUCCUGUCGAACGAGGUCUGCAGCACGCAGACCAACUACACGGCCUCGAUGAUCACGGACAACAUGAUGUGCGCCGGGUACCUAGGCGUCGGCGAGAAGGACUCCUGCCAGGGCGAUUCCGGUGGGCCGCUGGUGGCGGCCCGCGACGACAAGCGCUACGAGCUGAUCGGGGUCGUGUCGUGGGGCAACGGGUGCGCCCGGCCCUACUACCCCGGGGUGUACACGCGCGUCACGCGCUACCUCGACUGGAUCCGCGAGAACUCCAAGGAUGGCUGCUUCUGCAACGAAUGA